AUGACGGCGAGUUCUGCGAGUGAGGCUCAACAUGAGCCGCAGCAACAGCAGCAACAACAGCAGCAGCAGCAGCAGCAGGACAUUGCUGCUUUACAGCAGCAACUGCAGCAGCAGCAAGGUGAGGUAGCAAGACUACAAGAAGAAGCACGUCAAUUACGUAAGCAGCAAGGGAGUAAUUCUGCUGCUAUUGCUGCAGCAACUGCAUCAUUAACAGCAGCACGUGAUCGUGUACAGCAAUUAGAGCAGCAACUGCAGCAGCAGCAGCAACUGCAGCAGCAGCAGCAGCAGGAAGAAGAAGACGAUUUACCCCAUUUCCUUAAAUAUAAACAACAAUUCGAAAAUAUAAUCAAAAGAAAAUUCUACGUCGUCCCUUCCUUCGAGAUUUAUGGAGGAUCUGGUGGUCUAUUUGAUUUCGGGCCCCCUGGGUGUGCACUAAAAAAUCAAGUUGAGAAUUUUUGGCGAAAUAAAUUUAUUAUAGAAGAAGAAAUUCUUGAGAUUUCUUCAACUUGUUUGACUCCCCAUGCAGUACUUAAAUCUUCAGGUCCUAAACAGGAAGGAGUAGCAGCAACAGCAGCAGCAGCAGCAGGUAGCAGCAGCAGCAACAAUAGUAAUGGUACAGAAAAAGAAACGAUUGAGAAGCGUGAUGAAGAAUCGUCAGCUUCAUGCAAAAAAGAGAAACAAUCAAAAAAACAGCAGCAGCAGCAGCAGCAGCAGCAAGUACAGCAGCAGCAGCAGCAGCAGGAAGGAUUAGGACAUUUACGUCCUGAGACAGCUCAAGGUAUAUUUGUAAAUUUUCGUCGUUUAUUUGAUUAUGUUGGAGGAAAAAUACCAUUUGCUUGUGCACAAAUAGGAAUUGGAUUCAGGAACGAAAUAUCCCCAAGAAAUUAUUUAUUAAGAACAAGAGAAUUUUUUAUGGCAGAAAUUGAACAUUUUUGUAGCCAACAAGGAAAAAAAAAAUAUUAUAAAUUUAAUUCUAUUAAACAUUAUUAUUUACCAUUAUUUAGUGCUAAAGAUCAAUUAGGAGGAGCAGGAUCCAGUGUGGGAUCGGGAUCGGCAUCCGAAAAUUUGGGAUCGGGAUCGGGAUCGGGAUCGAGUGUGGUGUCGGGGUCGGGAUCGGGAUCGGGAUCGAGUGUGGGGUCGGGGUCGGGAUCGGGAUCGGGAUCGAGUAUUGUAUGCGGAUUUGGAAAUGGUCCUCGUUGGUAUUUAAGACGAUUAGAGGAUGCAGUAAAUGAUGGUAUAAUAGAUAACGAGACAUUAGCAUAUUAUUUAUAUAAGACUUAUUCUUUCCUUAUUUCUCUUAAUAUACCUAGUAAAUAUAUUAGAUUUAGGCAACAUUUACCAUCAGAAAUGGCACAUUAUGCUGCUGAUUGUUGGGAUGCAGAAGUAUUUACUUCUUAUGGUUGGAUCGAAGUUGCUGGACAUGCUGAUCGAGCUGGUAUACCUCAUAAACCCUAA